GGAGCGGGAUCGAGCCCUCGCUGGGGCCUGUCGCCAUGGGUCGGCGUCGCCGCCGCCGCCUGCCACCUGGGCCGCGCGGGCCGUGAGAGCCAUGGCCGUGGCCCCCGCGGGUGGCCCGUGCGCGCCGGCGCUGGAGGCCUUGCUCGGGGCCGGCGCGUUGCGGCUGCUGGACUCCUCACAGAUCGUCAUCAUCUCGGCGGCGCAGGACGCCAGCGCCCCGCCGGCCCCUGUGGGCCCAGCCGCGCCGGCCGCGGGCCCCCACGACCCCGACCUGCUGCUGUUCGCCACGCCGCAGGCGCCCCGGCCCGCACCCAGCGCACCACGUCCGGCGCUCGGUCGCCCGCCGGUGAAGCGGAGACUAGACCUGGAAACUGACCAUCAGUACCUGGCUGAGAGCAGUGGGCCUGUCCGGGGCAGGGGCCGUCACCCUGGGAAAGGUGUGAAAUCCCCCGGGGAGAAGUCACGCUAUGAGACCUCACUGAACCUGACCACCAAACGCUUCCUGGAGCUGCUGAGCCGCUCAGCUGAUGGUGUUGUUGACCUGAACUGGGCAGCCGAGGUGCUGAAGGUGCAGAAACGGCGCAUCUAUGACAUCACCAACGUCCUUGAGGGCAUCCACCUCAUUGCCAAGAAGUCCAAGAACCACAUUCAGUGGCUAGGCAGCCAUACCACAGUGGGCGUCGGCGGACAGCUGGAAGGGCUGACCCAGGAUCUGCAGCAGCUGCAGGAGAGUGAGCGGGAGUUGGACCACCUGAUGCACCUCUGCACCACCCAGCUGCGGAUGCUAUCCGAGGACUCGGACAGCCAGCGCCUGGCCUACGUGACCUGCCAGGACCUUCGGAGCAUCGUGGACCCUGCAGAGCAGAUGGUCAUGGUGAUCAAGGCUCCUCCUGAGACCCAGCUGCAGGCUGUGGACUCUGCCCAGAACUUUCAGAUCUCUCUGAAGAGCAAGCAAGGUCCCAUCGAUGUUUUCCUGUGCCCUGAGGAGACUGUGGAUGAGACCAGUCCUGAGAAGACCCCAUUUCAGGAGACAGUGUCCGAGGAGGAGGACAGGAUGGCUAACUCUGCCACCUUGGUGCCGCCAUCAUCAUCUCCUCCCUCAUCCCCUGCGAUGGAUUCCAGCCAGCCCCUUCUCAGCCUAGAGCAAGAACCGCUGCUCUCCCGGAUGGGUAGCCUCCGGGCGCCCAUGGACGAGGACCGCCUGUCCCCGCUGGUGGCAGCCGACUCGCUCCUGGAGCACGUGCGGGAGGACUUCUGCAGUCUCCUCCCUGAGGAGUUCAUCAGCCUCUCCCCGCCCCACGAGAACGUCGACUACCACUUUGGCCUUGAGGAUGGGGAGGGCAUUAGAGACCUCUUUGACUGUGACUUUGGGGACCUCACCCCGCUGGAUUUCUGAUGAGGCUUGAGGGGCGGCAUCUUCCAAGAAGCCUCCCUGUCCCCGCUGCGCUGGAGCCCCUUGCCCCGGCUGCCCUCCCAGCCUGUUUGGACAUGGUUAAUUUAUACCCCUUUCCUGCCUCCAGUGGCUUCUCGCUCUGGGAUCUGGCUGUUGCCAGGGAGGGGUGAUUCUGUGUUUGCGGGGUGUGUGUGUGUGCACGCUUACCCCUCACAUGGGUACCUGGGGUGAGCGUGGUGCGAGUGUGCGUGUGCAUGGACCGGGGAAUGAAGAUGAACACGUCGGUGUGUGCACUGCAGAUGCACCCCAGUGUGUCCGCAUGCAUGCGUGCGUCCCUGUGCGCGUGAAGGGGCUUGAACUGCACUUUUGGUCUCUUCUUUCCAUGGGCCCCACAAAGCCCAGGGUGGUCACUGCCCCCAGCAUCCUUGCCACACAGGCCAGGCAGGAGCCCUUGCCUGCCAGGGGGUACAGGACAGCGAGAGCACUUCUGUCUGAGUUUCCUGACCGAAGCUUUAAUGGAGCGUUAUUUAUUUAUCAAGGCCUCUUGGGCAGCCUGGGAAUGAGCACGGGGUGGAGGGAGGCAGGACUGCAGACCCCACCCACUGCCGCUGAGCAGAGGCAGGGGGCCCUGAACUGUCUUAUGCCCCACCUGAAGGAACUGAGGCCUGGGUGGUUUAUUUAUUGGGAAAAGGAGGGAGAGAGAGACAGACAGACUGACAGCCAUGAGUGGAUAGAGGGGGUGGUUCCUCUCCAGCAGGUGCAGGUCCCCAGGCGUCCCUCAGAAUGGUCAUAGCUGGGAGAGGGGAGUGGGGGGCCUUCUCUGAGGGUGGGCAGGAGGGGUGAGUGAAGUACCUGUCCGGCCCAGCCUGCAGGGACCCCUUGUGUGGUCUCGGAUGUUCCCUGGGCCGCUGGCUGCUCUGGCUCACCCUCCAAUCUGCACUUUGAUUUGUUCCUAACAGCUCUGCUCUCUCCUGCUUUGGUUUUAAUAAAUAUUUUGAUGAUG